AUGUCCGCACGCAUUUCGCUCGCGCGUCCGCCAGCAGCCUCUGGAGGCUACAGCCCGGACCCCCACGGUUUCUCCAACAGCCGGCCGUCGUCUGGCUACCGCGCAGCGAACUCCGACGACCCGCGCGAACGGUUGCGCGCGUUCGCCCAGACGGUCGAGGAUAACGUCGAGAUUUACACGCAGCCUCUCAAGCCAUACCUGCCGGCGAUUGGCAGGUUCCUCAUUGUUGUCACCUUCCUGGAGGACUCGUUGCGGAUCAUCACGCAAUGGAGCGACCAGCUGUGGUACUUGCAGAGACACCGGCAUUUCUGGUGGGGCUUCUCCCACCUCUUCCUCUUGCUUAACGUCAUUACGAUGCUGUUUGGGUCGGGAGCGGUCAUCCUGAAAAAGCACUCUGAGUAUGCUGUCGGUGGUCUCCUUGGAGUUGUCAUCCUCCAAGCAUUCGGCUAUGGCCUCAUCUUCGACCUGAACUUCUUCAUGCGCAACCUGAGUGUGAUUGGUGGCCUGCUCAUGGUGUUCAGCGACUCCAUGUACACCCGCAAGAAGCUCUUUGCGGGUCUGCCGUCACUCAGCGAGACAGAUCGCAAGAAAUACUUCCUGCUCGCAGGCCGCGUGCUGCUCAUCUUCCUGUUCCUCGGCUUCAUGCUGCGCGGAACAUGGAGUAUCGGGCGUGCGUUCGUGUCCGUCAUCGGACUUGCGGCCUGCAUCAUGGUCGCCGUCGGGUUCAAGGCGAAGUGGUCGGCUGCGUUCCUCGUGAUCAUGCUCUCCGUCUUCAACGUCUUCAUCAACGCCUGGUGGAGCGUGCACUCUGCCCACCCGCAGCGGGACUUCCUGAAGUACGAUUUCUUCCAGACGCUAUCGAUCGUCGGCGGUCUGAUCCUUCUCGUGAACAUGGGCCCUGGUGGUCUCUCCGUCGACGAGAAAAAGAAGACGUACUGAGCCUCUUCGUGCGCCUCGACUGCACCAUGGAGUACGCCGAGCGACUGGGCGUGGGGACGUCUGCGGAUGUCUUGACGAGGAUGGAUGGAUUAUCGUUCUGUAUAACCUAUAUGUCUCAAAAUCUGGCGUUGCGGAAACCCUUUGAUUAUUUAAUGCGAUGACAUGGCGAGCGG